UUAUGGACAUCCGGUGUGACUAUCAGUCAUUCAUAUGCUCCUGGAGUUGUCAAUCCAAAAGCAAUCAAUACAACCUUAUAUUAUCUUGCUUCAAAUAGUCCAAAUCUAUUGUCUACACAAUCGUCAGGCAGUAAUUCCUCCGUUAUCGACCAAUAUAAACUACGACAUGAAGGCUAUGAUCAAUGUUUCCGUGGUACAUAUACUCUCACUCGACAGCUAACCUCAAUAUUGCUCACCUCAUUAUACCACUUAAUACACACGGGAGAUAGAAAGAAGGCACCUGUGAUCAAAGACAGCUAACCAAACUUUGCAUGUCUUCCACUCUCAAUGUCCAGGUCUCACAGCUAGCUGUAAAGGAGGAGGACGGACUGAUGAGCAGUAUAUCCACUCUUUGGUCGAUGGCCAGCCGGAUAUCACGUCUACUAAUCCAGAGACGACGUAAACUUGCAUGUGCGAAAUUAACCCUCUGUAUCCGUACUGAGAUUUUGUCAGUGAUCAACCCGUUGCCGUUACCUGACGCAACUUCCGAG